AUGGAGGGGCCUGUGUUAACACUGGGACUGCUGGCUGCCCUGAUGGUGUGUGGCAGCUGGGGCCUGAACGAGGAGGAACGACUGAUCCGGCACCUGUUUGAGGAGAAGGGGUACAACAAGGAGCUGAGGCCUGUGGCACAGAAAGAGGAGAGCGUGGAGGUCUCCCUGGCCCUCACCCUCUCCAACCUCAUCUCCCUGAAAGAAGUUGAAGAGACCCUCACCACUAACGUGUGGAUUGAGCACGGCUGGACAGACAGCCGGCUGGAGUGGAAUGCUGAAAAAUUUGGGAACAUCAGCGUCCUGCGCCUGCCCCCUGACAUGGUGUGGCUCCCAGAAAUUGUGCUGGAGAACAACAAUGACGGCUCCUUCCAGAUUUCCUACUCCUGCAACGUGCUCAUCUACUCCUCCGGCUACGUGUACUGGCUGCCACCCGCCAUCUUCCACUCUUCUUGUCCCAUCUCCGUCACCUACUUCCCUUUCGACUGGCAGAACUGCUCCCUCAAGUUCAGUUCACUCAAGUACACGGCCAAGGAGAUCACCCUGAGCCUGAAGCAGGAUGAAGAGGACGGCCACCACUACCCCAUGGAGUGGAUCAUCAUCGACCCCGAGGGCUUCACAGAGAACGGGGAGUGGGAAAUAGUGCACCGGCCGGCCAGGAUCAACGUGGACCCCAGUGCCCCGCUGGACAGUCCCAGCCGCCAGGACGUCACCUUCUACCUCAUCAUCCGCCGCAAGCCCCUCUUCUACGUCAUCAACAUCCUGGUGCCCUGUGUGCUCAUCUCCUUCAUGAUCAACCUAGUCUUCUACCUGCCGGCUGACUGUGGCGAGAAGACAUCAAUGGCCAUCUCUGUGCUCCUGGCCCAGUCUGUCUUCCUGCUGCUCAUCUCCAAGCGGCUGCCAGCCACAUCCAAGGCCAUCCCCCUCAUUGGCAAGUUCCUGCUCUUUGGCAUGGUUCUGGUGACGAUGGUCGUGGUGAUCUGUGUCAUCGUGCUCAACAUCCACUUCCGCACACCCAGCACCCACGUGCUGUCUGAGGGGGUCAAGAAGCUCUUCCUGGAGACCCUGCCGGAGGUCCUGCACAUGUCCCGCCCCGCGGAGGAUGGGCCCAGUCCCGGGGCCCUGGUCCGGAGGAGUAGUUCCCUGGGCUACAUCUCUAAGGCAGAGGAAUACUUCUCGCUCAAGUCUCGAAGUGAUCUCAUGUUUGAGAAGCAGUCAGAGCGACAUGGGCUGGCCCGGCGCCUCACCACCGCACGCCGGCCCCCAGCAGGCUCUGAGCAGGCCCAGCAGGAGCUCUUCAGUGAGCUGAAGCCAGCUGUGGAUGGGGCCAAUUUUAUCGUCAAUCACAUGAGGGACCAGAACAAUUACAACGAGGAAAAGGACUGCUGGAACCGAGUGGCCCGCACAGUGGACCGACUCUGCCUGUUUGUGGUGACACCCAUCAUGGUGGUGGGCACAGCCUGGAUCUUCCUUCAGGGCGCCUACAAUCAGCCUCCACCUCAGCCUUUCCCUGGGGACCCUUUCUCCUACCGCGAGCAGGACAAGCGCUUCAUCUAGAGUGGGCCUGUCCUGCCCCACCUGGCGCAGCAGCCAGGACAGCUCCAUGGCGGGGAAAGGGUGGGGGUGGGCCUGAAAGGGAUGGGCCUGCAGGGGGUGGGGGUGGGGCAGGUAGCUGUGUGGACAGGGGGGUCUGAGAGACAAGCUCUUCCUGGGGAGGCCAACUCCCGGCCAUGAGACUUGAGUCCAGUUGGUCCUGCAAAGCUGGGGCAGAGAUGAUCUGGGCUUUCCUGAGCUCCAGGAAGUGAAGGAGAAGCCCCACUUCUCAACAGUGGUUCUUUUGCAAAUACAGCCAGGAGUCACUCCAGAAGGUAUGAGAGUGGAUGUUGACUGGUGGUGGGGCAGGAUGACGUCAGGGGAGGCAGGAGGCUGGUUCAGGGACCAGGGAGGAUGCCACUCAGGAUGGCCUUUUGGGACCCCUCUGUGACACGUCAGAAAAACAGGCAUCUUCUUGCCUCCCCUUCCCCCCAGGUCAGGGUAGAGCA